GGCAGAGCGGCCCCAGGCGCAACGUGCUGACUCUUCAGAGCCAGGCUAUGACGCUGCUUCACUAUAAAAUGGAGACUGAGGGCCAACGGCGAUUCAUUAAACAGUUAGAUACUAGCACCAUUCCGGUUGUCAUCUCCGUGGGCUGUUCGUUAGUCCCAUUGAUAGACCUCCGGACCUCAUAUAUCUUAGCCCCAACCACCCAAGAUCCGCGCGCAGAUUAACCCGCCGAUGGGCGACGGUCGAUAGGCGACGCUAACCAAACCCAAGUCUAGGCGAUAGAUAGACAUUCCCACUGCCCAAAGUUGGCAGAAUUCGGGACGAGGAUUACUGCCAUUGUAUUUCCGUCCUGUUUGUUGUAGGCUACAACCCACGGCGGGUUGAUGAUCAACGGCCGUUAUCAAGUCAGGAGCCACAACUUGACUGGAUCCAUCCUGUGAAGGCGCAGAAUCUUCGACUAGGAUGGAUCUUCUCCCCCUAUUUUUUUUUGUAUUUACUUAAUUUAUUUAUUUUCUUUCUUCUCUCUUUCCUCUUCUCUCCGACUCUCCAUCCAGCUUCCUAAUCUUCUCUUCUGGAGAAGCGGCCAGAGACGCUGGGUCCACUGACUGUACCCACUUGACAUUCUUAUUUUGCCGGGUAAAUUCGACGGGAUUCCAAUAACGGGGUUUUUGGGCGGCUUCCAGACGGACGGAACGGGGGAUUUGGAAAGUGAAAGUCGAAGCUACCACUAGGAGCUAAGUCAAGUGAUGAACUCGAACCCGUCAAUCAGAUCCGUUCUACCGGGAACCGCGCUACUCAGCCUGUAUUAUGUUGUGUUGAAAAAUGUACUCUAGCGAGCGGGGACUUCCAGUUCGCAGCUCUCUCUCAAAUUUUGGUUCAUUUAAUUUGUCCCUUUUCGGAGGACAACUCAUUUAGAGGGCUAGAUGGCCUUGGCUAAUAAGCAAAAUUCGAGAUCCGCCACCUCAUCUUUUCAUAAUGAGAUUUCACGUACUUAAGUUGAUAUCCUCCACAUGUCAUCGAGAUAAUCUCAUGUACCUAUCCCUCACUAGGAUCGCGUACUUUUUGCCACCAUGCAUAGUUAACCUUCCGGAUUUGCGCUGAUGCGUCCCCCAUGAUCCGUCAGGCCUGACCACCAGAGGUGGAUCACACCACAGCCGGGUCCGUAGAUAUGGUGGGGAAAGUCAACGUUCAACGGCUUGGAAAUGGGAGCGUAUCUGGCAGUUUCCGUGCCGCGGCCUCCGAAUACGCCAAGUCCUUCACUCGAGCUGCUGAGAAAGGAAGGCAGGAUUGGGCUUGCCGGGCGUUUUGACACCACACCGAUCUUGUGGCAGUGGCUCCCAAACGGCUCUAUUGUAGUCUACUGGGCCGCGCCACUACAUGAUUCAUGGGAUGGCAGCCUUUUUUUUCCUGCGUCCAUGUUAUUUUCUAUUAUUUUCUUAUUUCUUAUCCACUUCCUCUGCUCCCUUUAGGGAGCCGUGUCUGGUGGAUCGUCCAACCGCCUCGUUGGUGCCAAUAUUGGAGUGUAGAUGCUCGAUAGGUAAUAAUUAUAGAUCUCAGUCUCAAUCGAUGACUCGGGAUUUGCUUACGACUCAGUUCGGGGUAUGCACGAGAGCCGAAGUAGAUCCGUCUUGCGGCCGGCGCAAGAUGAGGCGACAAGGGCCGAAAAAAAAGUGUGGAAAAAAUUUGAAGACGGCGGGACACCCUACCCAAGACCGUUAGACUUAUGGCACACAAUAAUGCGGUCUUGCUUUCUUCUGCUUUUUUUU